AUGAACCUCCACCCCCUCAUUUACACUGCCACUCCUCAAUUGCCCCUCAAACAUGUGCCCCUUACUCUGACUCUGACCCUCCACCCCAAACAGGUGCCCCCUUACUCUGACCCUCCACCCAAAACAGGUGCCCCCUCACUCUGUCCCUCCACCCCAAACAGGUGCCCCCUCACUCUCAUCAUCCCUCCACCCCAAACAGGUGCCCCCACACUCUCACUCUCUACCCCAACCCCAAACAGGUGCCCCCGCACUCUCACUCUGUCCCUCCAUCCCAAACAGGUGCCCCCUCACUCUCACUCUGUCCCUCCAUCCCAAACAGGUGCCCCCUCACUCUCACUCUCUACCUCCACCCCAAACACCUGCCCCCUCACUGUGUCCCUCCACCCCAAACACAGGUGCCCCCUUGCUGUGUCCCUCCACCCCAAACAGGUGCCCCCUCACUCUCACUCUGUCCCUCCACCCCAAACAGGUGCCCCCUCACUGUGUCCCUCCACCCCAAACAGGUUCUCCCUCCCUCUCACUCUGUCCCUCCACCCCAAAAAGGUGCCCCCGCACUCUCACUCUCUACCUCCACCCCCACCCCCAUACAGGUUCCCCCUCACACUUAUUCUGACCCUCCACCCCAAACACAGUUGCCCCCUCACGCUGUCCCUCCACCCUAAACAGCUGCCCGUUCACUCUCACUCUGUCCCUCCAUCCCAAACAGGUGCCCCCUCACACUCAAUCUGUCCCUUCACCCCAAACAUGUGCCCCCUCACUCUGUCCCUCCACCCCAAACAGGUUCCCCCUCACUCUCAUCGUCCCUCCACCCCAAACAGGUGCCCCCGCACUCUCACUCUGUCCCUCCACCCCAAACAGGUGCCCCCUCAUUCUGUCCCUCCACCCCAAACAGGUGCCACUGCACUCUCACUCUCUACCUCCACCCCCAACAGAUUCCCCCUCACUCUCAUUCUGACCCUCCACCCCAAACACAGCUGCCCCCUCACGCUGUCCCUCCACCCCAAACAGCUGCCCCCUCACUCUCACUCUGUCCCUCCAUCCCAAACAGGUGCCCCCUCACUCUCACUCUCUACCUCCGUCCCAAACACCUGCCCCCUCACUCUGUCCCUCCACCCCAAACACAGGUGCCCCCUCGCUGUGUCCCUCCACCCCAAACACAGGUGCCCCCUCGCUGUGUCCCUCCACCCCGAACAGGUGCCCCCUCACUCUCACUCUGUCCCUCCACCCCAAACACCUGCCCCCUCACUGUGUCCCUCCACCCCAAACAGGUCCUCUCUCACUCUGUCCCUUCACCCUAAACAUGUGCCCCCUCACUCUGUCCCUCCACCCCAAACAGGUUCCCCCUCACUCUCAUCGUCCCUCCACCCCAAACAGGUGCCCCCACACUCUCACUCUCUACCUCAACCCCCAACAGAUUCCCCCUCACUCUCAUUCUGA